AUGGCUGAUCAAGACUGGGACAACGUUACAAGAAUUGGAAAGAGCGCUAGAGGACCAGGCAGUGGUGGUGUUGAUCGAGAACGUGUCAUCAAGGGCAAGUCAGCCAUCAAUGCUGCUGGCCGCUCUGGAGCCAUCAUCGGCACCGAGAAGAAAUAUGCGGGUGCCAACACCAAAGCAGCCGUAGAAGGCCAGCACCUGACCAAAGUCGACCGAUCCGACGAGAUCGUGAAGCCCAAGACCGUCGGCCGAGACGUCGCCCAGGCCAUGGUUAAGCGAAGAAACGAGAUCACCCCCAAGAUGACACAGAAAGACCUCGCCACAAAGACCAACAUGCUCGCUACCGAGAUCCAAGCAUAUGAGAACGGCACCGCCGCACCCGAUCAGACCAAACUGUCCCGGAUAGAGAAGGCACUUGGCAUCAAGCUGCGGGGUUCAGACAUUGGCUCGCCGUUGACGUUUGGGAAGAAGAAGUGA